UAGCUGCCCGGCAGGAUUCGAAUCGAUCGAUUUUCCGUCUGCUCUCUCUGCUGAUGGUGCUUCAAAAGCUCAAUUCCGUCAUUAAGUAAAGUGAACGCUGCACAAGUAGGAGCGGAAAUUUCUUCACCAAGUCCGGAUUAGUAAAUUGUUUGCGAAAAGCUCUAAACCACAUUCUUCCAAACUACAAUGGCCCGUACUAAGCAGACCGCCCGUAAGUCAACUGGAGGUAAGGCUCCUCGUAAGCAGUUGGCCACCAAGGCCGCUCGUAAGAGUGCCCCAUCGACCGGAGGUGUCAAGAAGCCUCAUCGUUACCGUCCUGGUACCGUCGCCCUGCGAGAAAUUCGUCGGUAUCAGAAAUCGACUGAGCUUCUGAUCCGCAAGCUCCCCUUCCAGCGGUUGGUGCGUGAAAUCGCCCAGGAUUUCAAAACGGAUCUCCGUUUCCAGUCGGCGGCCAUCGGUGCCCUCCAGGAAGCCAGUGAAGCCUACCUGGUAGGUCUCUUUGAAGACACCAAUUUGUGCGCUAUCCAUGCUAAGCGCGUCACAAUUAUGCCUAAAGACAUUCAGUUGGCCCGCCGUAUCCGAGGCGAACGUGCUUAAGCAGCAGGCAUCUUUUGCUACUACUACUAUAAUUACUGUAAUGAUCAGCAUCUCCCCUUCUCCUUCGAUAUAUGGUAUAAAAUAAACCUGUAUUUAAUAUUCAGGAACACGAAAAUCACAUCCAAUGCAUUAUUGAAACCAACCAGCGAAGAGAUAACACUUUCACAUGAACUAUAAAAAUUCAAACAAAGAAUCCGGAUGGUGGAAAUAGCAAUGUCUACAAAGAGUACAUUUUUUUAAAUAAUAGUUCGCGUUUUUGUUUUUUAGUUUUGUUCAUCUUUUACCACGUAAAAUGAGAAAUUUAACGAAAUGAAACUGAUUUGUAGAUUUAGUUUACGCAUAAAUGUGAAAGUAAAAAAAAUAUUACAAAAGUAGAGAUUUAAGGUAGUUUAUAAGGAACAGUGUGAAGAAACAAAACACAAUCAAUGUUUUUGGACUAUUCUGAUCAUUCGAAUUCAGCUCGUAUGAAUCCUUACCCAUUCAGCAACAAACUCGAUUUGAAACAGUAGCUCAAAACUAAAAUGCCUAGUUUUAUCUGACUACGCUCCAAGUACUAAAACGAUAUCAGAAAAAGAGAAAGGCUAAGCAAUUGAUUUCUUUUAAAGAAGUUAUUAGAAAAUGGGUAUCAAUUACCCACGGAAAUUAUCGGUUUUGUUUCUCCCAUACGUUUAUAAUCAAAACAUAGUUUUAUUUAACCAAAAUUGACGCAACAUUUGCAAUUAACACAAACACAUUUAUCUAUACGGAGGAAAUUUGCAAUUUGUCUUGAAUGGAAGGUAUUACAGAAGUUCAAUAAAUCAAACACGUCUAAAUUAAA